AUGGGACGUAGCAAGGGCAGCGGCACUCCGAGCAUCAAGUGCAAGUUGUGCAAGAAGGCGUUUGACCAGGAUCCGAAUCCAUUAGUGAAGAAUCCUGGACCCAAUGACCUUGUUCGGCGCCGGUGUGCAGGGAGCAAAGAUUGCAAAGCAUGUUCAUGUUUUGUCAAGAACCACCCGACCUACAAGGAGAUGACACCAGCAGCGCUCGAAGAAUGGCUUCAAAAGCCAGAGAACCAGCAGGAAUACGAUCGUGACUUUGAUGACUACGCUGAGCAACGACGAAACGGGAAGCGCAAGAUUUGUCUUGAAGGCCAAUCUACAGCUACAGCUGAGCAAUCCAGCGGUGUGAGCACCAAACAGAUUCUGGGCUAUCUAUGGACACCAGCCAUGGUCAAGAAGCACAACAAGGACGUCGAGAAGAAAAAGAAGACGUCUGUCAUGCACCAUGGCAAAACCGUCCGUGGGUACGUAUUGGACGAAUGGGUUGUGGGUGCCAUCGAAAUUGCCACUACUUCCGCAAAGACCGCAAAGCAAGUCACCACGCUUGCUGAGGGCAAUUCAGAUGAUGAGGAAGAGGUUGGGGAUGCAUUCAAUCAAGCACAGAAGAAGCUGCGCGGGACUGCAUCCAUCAACGAUGAUGCAGACGUCACAUUGAGGUCAGCCAAAGCCAGCGGUAGUGAUGGUCAGGAUGAACUACUUGCAAUGCUCUGGGGUGAUGGGCCUGGGUCAGAUGACGAGGAUGGUGAAAAUCCAAAAAGACCCAAGACGGGGAGAGCCAAUCGGAAUCGCGAAAAGAAUCAACAAGCCGAUCGCACCAACAAGAAUGACGGUCCCAAUGAGGGUGCUCCGAGCGCUUGGUCCUUGUCGAAUGCGGCUUCGGGAUCCAACAAGAAAGUUCUUGCGGAAGCCAGGGAACUCGACAAGAGUGAGGCAUUGGUUCUCCAAGCCAAUCAAUUGAAACUGCAGGUUGAAAAUCCAAAAGCAGUCGUGACAAUUGCUCUAGCAAAGGUGACUGGUGUCCUCUCCAAGCUUCAGGCAAAAUUGGAUGAUUCAACUACUUGGUUCGUUGAUUUGGUUCGCCGAGAUGGUUCUGGAUGCCGUGCCGAAAGUGUAUGGCAGCAGCUGAAGUCAUCCAAGGCUAUGCUGGAAACCAUUAGUGAGUUCGUGGAGGCAGUCCAUGAUCAGGAAUCAGCGCCGGCUACUUUGCGGUUGAGGGCUGCUGCCGUGAGAAAAGGUGGUGUUUCCCUUCCUCGCAACAUCAACACAGUGCUGCUGAAGCGCCAGGCUGAUGAACUUGUCCAAAGCGGCAAAUUCGCAGGCAUCUUGGAAUUGGUGAACCCUGCCAACAAGGGCGAGGAAAGCAUGCUUGAGUGCAUCUCCUUUGACGAGAAGGAGACUGAGGAGCAACGGAACAUCAUCAUCUCUGACUUCCAGUCCAGCUUGAUCACUCAUGUCAUCAAUAACCUCUUGCUGAAGGAGUUCCAAUGUGAACAAGGGCUUGAUGAUGCCGCGCGUGAGAAAGCCAAGACAAAAUUCUUCGUGGAAGGCUCUCAGAAGGUGAUUGAAUUCAUUGAUGCCCUCCAGAAGAACAGCAUCUACCAGUCUGCUGCGCCAGACAAGUCUACUCUUCGAGAUGAACUUGCGAAGAUGAACCAGCUUUGCCGUGCAGCAACCUCAGAUUCACCUGUGUCAAUUACAGAUCUAGAUUCUUUGGAAGCUGCGAAGGCAACACUCACAAAGCCCAAAUCUACUUUCCAUGCCGGGAUGAGUAUCUUUCCAGUGGGCGCCUUUGUUUGCGAUGCAGUUUCCAGCAAGAUUUCUCAAUGCAGGCAAGAUCAACUCUUGGCAGCAGAUAUUGAUGCAGCCUGCGAGAUUGCCAGGAGCUUUCCGGACUUCACCGCUGAGUCCAUAUCGAAGGAGCGGGACGGUGAUUAUGACAUUGGCGUGCCCUCGCAGAACAAGAUCUAUGAGAUGGUUGCCAAGAUCCGCCUCUUUGAUGAGACAGCCUCAGAGCAUUUGAAAACCUCGCUUCAGCAUGAAGUCUCAGGGGUAAAGGACCGUAUCAGUCAGUUGCAGUCGGCCUUGCUUCGGACUGUGGCACUCAAGUUCGAGAAGAAGUUCUCAUGUUUCAGCCAUUCCAUGGGCAUGGUGGCCAAUGGCCAACAGAAUGAACAAAAUUCAGCUUCUUGCAUGCAGAUGUUGAAUGACAUGUCCACUUACCAGGCAUUGCCACCAAAGAUGUCAUUGGUCAAGCUCUUGGGCAAGGAGAAGGCAACGGAGGUUGACACAGCUGUUGCUAGCAUCACACACUUGGCUACACUGAUGCACAAGGCUUUCCCACAAGUUGUGCAACUAACAACCAGUGCAGCCACUGAGGGCCUCUUGACAAAUGAGUCCGUUGUGGCACUGUUUGCAAGUCUGCAUGAUUCGAAUAUCCAGAAAGCUUUUGCAUCAGCAGCACCAAUGUGGAAGUCCACCAUUGAAGACCUGGAUACCUUCAUCCAGAAUUGCGUGGCGAAGACAUUGGUCAAAGCAACAGACACGUUCCAUCCCUUUGUCCUAAAGCUGCUGGGUGAGAUUGACGUGGAUUCAAUGCUUGAUGCAAAAGUUGUCGGUCUUCCUGCAGAUGGGGAAGCAGAAGAGCAGGAGUCAAACGAUGGGAAAGAUGAGCUGGACUAUGGCAUGAUCUUCAUGAAGUAUGUCAGCUUCACGCCCCUCCAAAAGGCCAAGCUGAUGGUUCGCAAAGAUCCAAGUUCUUCAGCCUUGUCGGAACAAUGGGUGUCUACAAGUUUCCUUUGCCUGGCUGGGUUUCUACUACAUAUCUCCAAGACCGUGCUCCUUUUCAUGACGAAGGUCCAAGAUGUUGAGGGAAUCAAGCCAUUCGCAGACUUGGCGAAGGUUGAGCAUGAAGACAAGGCCAAGAAGACGAACACCAAGCAAACAUUCAAAAUGAAUGUGCUUGAUGCUUUGCUCCCACAUUGUGGCAGACUUACCAACAAGUGCACUUCUUUCCAAGACAUGGUCAACCAGGCAGGCAAAGUCAAUACCGUUGUGGAGAAUGAGCAAAAAUAUUUCGGGCUCCUAAUGGAGAAGCUCUCCGGAUGCUUGGUACAGUGCCUUAAGGCAUGCACAGAAGAGAUUGUCAGCAUUUCAAAGCUCAUCACUGAGCUCUUCGUCAAGGUGAUGAAUGCCCAUGAUGUUCCAGCUAUGUUCCAGUCACAGUCAGACCGACUGGACAGCAAAGCCAUCUCCGCUUUGGUGCGAGAUCCGCAUGUGCAAAUCCUGCUGUUUGUGGGCGCGAAAGGAGGCGAGUUGUCACAUCAGGUGAAAACCUUUUUGGACACACUUUCGAGUUUGCCAAAGGCAUGUGUGACUGAUUUUGUCCGUACACUUGCCACAGCAGUCCAGAAGGACUUGUCGGAUUUUUGCAGCAAAGCCCACCCACAGGUCAUGCCAACCAAGGAAGACAAGAUGACCUUGGCACAUUUUUCAUACUUUCAGGCAUCUCUGACUCUCGCUCAAGUCCUCAGUCGUGACCUGCAAACGGGAGAAACACGGCUUGGCCUAGCGGGGAAAUGCCUGAGCGUCCUCCAGCGCAAGGGCAUGGAGAGCGAUCCUUGCCUUCAACGCCGGGUUCAACAGCUGAGAUCCGGCAAGUGA